AUUCAAGUGUCCAACGUUUGCCGGAGCGGUCGCACACAGAACGGUAGUCGGACGGUUGGCAGAUUCAGAUUCGCUCUCUGGUUUGCUCUCGCUCUCUCUCUCUCUGUGGCUUUCUUGCUCUCUGUGUACUGUUAGCGUAAGGCACUAGGCAUAGAGCAGAGGGCUCCCGAAAAAUAAGGAGCUCGCGAUACCGUUAGCCAAAGCACCGUUAGCAUGAAGGAUGUGAAAGUGGCGCGCGCAAUCAGCGAGUCCUCGACCACGUCGGAUAACACCUCCGAUUUCAUCGAGAUCGUCAAGAAGUACGAUGUGGUGUACAACAAUCACAAUCCGGAUUACAAGAACGUCGAAGUGAAGCUGAAGGUGUGGACGCAAAUCGCCGAUGAGAUAGGUCUUUCAGUGGAAGCCUCCAAACGGAAAUGGAAAAAUUUAAGGGACAGCUAUACAAAGUAUCUCCGCUCAUUUCGCGUGGGCACCAAGACGUCCAAGAAGUACCAGUACUGGGCCCAUGCAGACCACAUGGAUUUCCUUAAGCCCUUUCAGGGGCCGGGCAGAAACUCCGCCAAUGGGAACGGAAAAUCCAACGACGAGGAUGACACGGAAUGUGAUUUUGGCUACCAAGUUUUGGCCAAGGCGGCCAGCAAUGGAGGCGAGGAUGAAUUGAAGAUCACGAUUGCCACUGCAUCAGCGGGCUGCUCGUCCAUUGGAACUCACACGGUUAAUACUUAUACGACCGCUUUGAGCAGUACUUCGGCGCCCGCCUUGACAUCCAGUUUGGGCGUGGCCACGCCCCCGAAUAUGAUCUCGCCGGGAAGCAAUUUGGGCGGCACAGGAGGAGGAUCGGGAGGCGCUUCCGGAUCCGCAGGACCGCAAAUUCACAAUAGCAAUAGCAAUGGCAGCGCCACCGGGAGUCUCAACUGUGCUGCAGUGGCUCCGCUUAGUUCAAUGACACCACCUGCCACCAGUGGCUGCAAUUCCGCCGUGGUCCUGCCCCUGCCCAUCUCACCCGCAUCCUCAGCCGCUGCCGCAGCAGCUGCUGUCAGCAAGGCCAAUGCCAAUGCCCUGGCGUCGCUGGCCAACCACCUGCCCAUGGGCUUGGGUGUAGGCGGAUUGGCCCAGCAGAUGUUCCCGCUGGCCACGCUCAAGGCGGCGGCCGUGGCCGCUGGACUGCCGCUGCCGCCCACGAUCACUCCGCCGGGUUGCAGCUCCGGAAGCGGGCCCAACAGCAACGUGGGCUGCCUGAUCAUCGAACCGCAUCUCUUUGCGGCGGCGGAUAACUUCAAAAAGGAGCUAACGGCCGCUGCGGCAGCUGGAACACCUUUGGGAUUGUUCCAGAACCUGGCCAAUCAAGUGCAGAAUGCCAAUCGCUUGAAUGGCAACUGUCCUGGCGUUAAUUUACCCAUGGGCAAUCCCACCCCGCCACCACCACCGUCAGCGCCACCGGCUUCCAAGGUGCGAAGGGUGCAACCUUCGCCACAAACCACGGCCAUUAAUCUCAGCUGCUCGGGCGGAAAUUCCGGACAAAUGCAGCCACAGCAGCCGAUGCAAAUGCCACAAAUUCAGCAGCAACAGCAGGCGUCGCCUGCCAAAACGCGUAAGAUCUGUGAUCCGCGUUUCCCCAGCGAUUGGGACGUGUCCGCUGUGCUGCAGGCCAACCGGGAACUGGACGCCAAUACCCUGUUCUUCCUGAGUCUGGCGCGGCAGGUGCGUGCCAUGCCCAUGAAGUUCCAGUCGCUGGCCAAGAUGCGUUGCAUGCGAAUCGUCAGCGAUUUGGAGCUGGAGCUGGAGAAUUUUGACUGCAACGGGGGAGCGCCACCGCCAGAUGAUUCGGGCGGAGGAGGAGGAGCCGGGAAUCUUAAGUAUUGCAGCAUUGAUACUCCGCCACCGCCACCGCAGGAUGGCUCCGUGGUCAUACUCCCGCCGCCAGUUGGACCCGAGGGUUCCACGGAGCACUUUGUUUAUGUGAUGUCGCCGUCGCGGGUGGAGAGCAUGAUCGACAUCUCCUCGGACGAGGAGGCGACCAUGAACGGGGUGCCCUCCGCAGGACAGGUUUAAAAGUAUUCGUACAAGUUAUCUCUAAAUUAAAAUUAAAUUAAUCUCA